AUGUCGUGUGUGGCGGUACCUGGCGGUACCUGGAUGGCAGAAGCCACACCGUCAGCAUUGGCUGGGAAUUUCGUGGUGGGCGCUGGCUGUGGACGCCCUGGAGCAAGGGCUUCAUGGGUAUUGCCAAUCAGCGUGAAUGUGGAGCCCUGCGAAACACCGCGGUGGCUUAAGGCUGGUGGGGACGAAACAUUAUUUCCAGAGCUCCAGGAGAUCGCCCGUGCUAGUGGGUGCGGUGGCGGUGGCAAGAUCCGAUGUACCGGCAAGUACACGUUCGUGCUCGUAAAUGCCGCACCAGAUGACUAG